CUUGGUGCCUGACCUAGUCGGGUGGCGAUGGCGGUGGUAGUGGCUGCGACUGCUGUUUUACGGGCCCAGAUGCUUCGGGUUUCUUCUAAGAUACCUACCUGCUACCCAGCAACCUUUUUUUCCUCAUCUUCAGUGCCAACAGUCAAACUUUUCAUAGAUGGGAAAUUUGUUGAAUCUAAAACUGACAAGUGGAUUGACUUUCACAACCCGGCUACCAACGAGGUGAUUGGUCGAGUUCCCAAAACCACACAGGCUGAAAUGAAUGCUGCUGUAGAGUCCUGCAAACGUGCUUUUCCCUCAUGGGCAGAGACAUCUGUACUAAGCCGCCAGCAGAUCCUGCUGCGUUAUCAGCAGCUUAUCAAGGAAAACUUGAAAGAAGUUGCUAAGCUAAUCACUUUGGAGCAAGGGAAGACCCUGGCUGAUGCUGAGGGAGAUGUGUUCCGAGGCCUUCAGGUAGUUGAACAUGCCUGUAGUGUGACAUCCCUCUUGAUGGGAGAGACCAUGCCUUCCAUUACCAAAGACAUGGACAUUUACUCCUACCGCCUACCUUUGGGUGUAUGUGCAGGCAUUGCUCCAUUCAAUUUUCCUGCCAUGAUUCCUCUCUGGAUGUUCCCCAUGGCCAUGGUGUGUGGGAACACCUACUUGAUGAAGCCAUCUGAACGAGUACCUGGAGCAACAAUGUUUCUCGCCAAGUUGCUGCAGGACUCUGGUGCCCCAGAUGGGACACUGAAUAUCAUCCACGGGCAGCAUGAAGCUGUGAAUUUUAUUUGUGAUCAUCCGGAUAUAAAAGCAAUCAGCUUUGUGGGCUCCAAUCAGGCUGGAGAGUACAUCUAUGAGAGAGGGUCAAGAAAUGGCAAGAGAGUCCAAGCAAAUCUGGGAGCUAAGAAUCACGGGGUGGUCAUGCCAGAUGCCAAUAAGGAAAACACUCUGAACCAACUGGUGGGAGCAGCUUUUGGAGCCGCAGGGCAACGCUGCAUGGCCCUGUCUACAGCCAUCCUGGUAGGGGAAGCAAAGAAAUGGCUGCCAGAACUUGUGGAGCGAGCAAAAAAGCUACGGGUUAAUGCGGGAGACCAACCAGGAGCUGAUUUGGGCCCUCUAAUCACCCCGCAGGCCAAAGAACGAGUUUGUCAUAUCAUUGAGAGUGGAACAAAGGAGGGAGCCUCAAUUCUUCUAGAUGGAAGAAAGAUUAAAGUUAAAGGCUAUGAAAAAGGCAAUUUCGUUGGACCAACCAUUAUCUCAGGUGUCAAGUCAAAUAUGACCUGUUACAAAGAAGAGAUUUUUGGUCCAGUUCUAGUGGUUUUGGAGGCAGAGUCUUUGGAUGAAGCCAUCAAGAUGGUGAAUGACAAUCCAUAUGGAAAUGGAACUGCUAUCUUUACCACCAAUGGAGCCACUGCUCGAAAAUAUUCUCACUUGGUGGAUGUGGGGCAGGUGGGUGUGAAUGUCCCUAUUCCAGUGCCUUUGCCAAUGUUCUCAUUUACGGGCUCUCGCUCUUCCUUCAGAGGAGACACCAAUUUUUAUGGCAAACAGGGCAUUCAAUUCUAUACACAGCUAAAGACCAUUACUUCUCAGUGGAAAGAAGAAGAUUCCUUGCUAUCUGCACCUGCUGUAGUUAUGCCAACUAUGGGCCAUUAAAAAUAACUUUUAGCAGA